AUGAUUGCACAUACCCAAGAUGUUCAGACUUCUCUACCCCACCUAUUGGACCCUUUCAGUCUGGUCCCAUACGCAGAUGAUCUCUGGCAUGUAGCAAAGUCUCGCAAGUGCUUUCAGGAUGAUGAAUCGAAAGUUCAGGUCGAGUGGACUGAUAGCGAUGCAGAACACCAGGUAACAAGAAGAACAUUCACAUCAUUGGCUGAGCUACAAGCACACAGAAAGAAGGCCUCUACGGCGCCAAAUGGAUUGUGUUUUAUAUCUAUCAAUCAAGGGAACUCAUGGCGACCCUUAAACGUCACCAAGGAGAUGUUCGAGGAGAUUGGAAACUUGACUAGCUCUUCGCAUGUACUGCACAAUCUCUCGUUGUCUUUCCACGACAAGUUUAUGGCUACGGAAGCGGCUUUUAGCAGCGCACCCGCAUUUAUUCGGAAUGAGCAAAGUAUAGAGAUCGCGUAUAUAUUCAAGUACCCCUUUAAAAAAGCCAACAACGAUAGACCGGACUCAUGGACAGUGCGACAAACAGGUGUCUAUCAGAAGUUUCAUACAGCGACGAAGCAUUCCACAUGGAUAUUUUUAAACCCGACCAAAGACUGCCUGUUUCAGCAACGGCUGAUGGAGAUACUUAUGUGUCCGCUCCAGUGUGCUCAGUUAACACAACACCCACUGCUAAUCCACAAUCUUCUCUUCGCUACGUUCUUCCCCAACUGGAGGGAAUAUCUAGGUUCGCAAGAGGACAGGGCUUUGACGAUUUACAACACAACCGUGACACAACACAUCCAAGAACCACUCAGGGUCAAUCAUAACAUGUGGGCCUCCAUUCGCGCCAUAGAAUCUCGGUGCCUGCCUCUGCAAGCUGUCUUUCGCUCCUUUGACAAAACAGUACAGACCUUGCAUAAGGCAAAUAAUGCAUUAAGGGAUUGCGGUGCCUUGCUGCAUCUAUCAUGGCACAAAAUGGAUCAGUUACUAGAUAACUAUGAAAGCCAUGCGGAUGCCUACCUACAGGCUGCAUCAUUUCUUCAAAGUUGGGCUACCACCACGGCCCAGUUAAUCGCAGACAACCUUUCAUUCAACAAUUCCUAUACGGCACAGCAGCAAUCGGACUAUAUGUUGAGCCUCACUUCAUCCACCGUUGACGACUCGUCAACAGUCCGAGUUAUCACUGUUGUAACCCUCAUUUAUCUACCAUCCACUUUUAUGGCAACCCUCCUCGGAAUGAACUCAUUCUUCGAGAUGGAUUCUCAAACCCAUAAUCUCAUUGUGUCUCCACAGUUUUGGAUAUUCGUAGUGUGCGCCGUGCCCCUGACGGCUGUGACAGUGCUGUACUGGUGGGUUCGGAGCCAACGUCAGCAGAAGCAUGCGAACAGCAAGGCUGGGUCGCUGGCUUAAAGUGUUGUGCAACAUCUGCCUCGGGUCGGAUUGGCGUGCAUUAUUAGAAACACAAGCAUGCGGUUAUCUGGUGGUUUGAAUGCAACACGUCAUUUAGUAUAUAAAGGUACAAACGCUUUGUAUGAGAGCGAGUCUCAGGUUCCGUCUGGAAGCUUCACAGCCAGGAAUUCGCCCCUUGCGGUGGCCACUACCAACACAAUCUGUCCCCUUGUUGUGCGUGUCAGUACGGCGCUAUCUAGAGCUGGCCGAUACUGGUUCAGGUUACUGAGCGCUACUUUUGCUGGUUCGGGCCUGCCCGAAAUGGGGAUCGGCAAGACAUAGGUGCGAAGCCGACGAUCGCUCCCAUUAUCACCUAGUAUAAUCAGGGCCUCGUCAUCAUCACGCACGAAUACGUUGACCGCCUGGUUAGGGAGCGUGUGAACCUGGCGAUCCCAACGCCAGGAGCUGAGGUGGAGAAGGUAUUUGCGUUGACACAGUAUAAACAGCUGUGGUUCUCGAUUGAAAACAGAACAUGCAGUGUAGAGAGGUUCA